AUUACUGCUGAGCUGAAAAGGUAAGUGGCUUUUAGUUAAUGGUUUUCACCAAGUGAUCUUUCUAGUCUCUUGCAUUAGCUCUUCAAAAAUGUCUCUGUCUGUAAGUGAUCCUGGUUAGAAACUAACAGUUGUAUCGGCCAGGUAAUGCCCUGGCCUGGCACAGAUCUGAAGAUAUGUUCUUAGUUGCGUUUAACUUACAUUCUGCUUGCAACGUCUCCCCCUCUCCUUCACUUCUAAGCAGUGGGCAAGAGGAGGCAUAUCUCAAGGAAUUUAAAUGACAGUAUUUCUCAAAGUGAUAAACUCUAGCAUGUGUUAACUGUAUAUAAACACUACCCCAAAUGACCUUUUACUGUUCAGUAACAUUAUAAUGUCUGCUGUUCUUUCUGAAAGUUUCAAAGUUAGUAUUUCAUCUUUAACAUGUGCAAUUACUUGCACAGAAUGCAUGUAGAAGACAACACUUCUCUGUAGUUUAUGAAUGUAUACACUGGCUAAGUUGCACCUGUACUCAGGAAAGAAAUACUAGAUUAUUGGAGUUCUCCUAUUUAAGCAUUGGUAUAACGCAGAGAGGGGGAACUAUCUGGAAAAACACCUUCCUCUGCCCCACAAAUGAGAGUUAAUGAUGGGGUAGAAAAAGUGAGAUUGGACUGGAUUUUUUAAAAAAAAUGUCUUCAAACAAUUAUGGUCAAGUAGCAUUUUAGCCUUUACAAGCCAUAUGCUAAAUGAUAUCACUAGAACAUACUAAGUAGGGAUGGGGUAAUAAAUUAAAUUCAGUUCACAUUUAAAGAUGAAGCUACCUAGUUUGCACUUUCUGGGACAAUACAGAAAUUGACACUUUGAAAUGUUCGCUUCUCUGAAUUUUGCAAUGUGGCCCUCAAAGUCAAGUAAUAUGUGCAAAAUGCAUAUGCUAAAAUAGCACAUGCAUAAAGAUUCACAUAGUAGUGAAAUUAACAAAUAAUAAUGCUUUGGACUAGGGAAGCCUGCAUUACAAUGUGCAUAUUAGAAAUUUACAUUGCAACUGAUGAAUUUUCAUGGGGCCAUUAAUUUAAUACAAAAAUUCAUAAACUGGUGUGGAAAUCUAGAGGACUGAAUUUAAGAUUGGAAAAAUGAGGAACUGACAUUGACAUAUUCACCCAUUCCUAAUACCAAGGUAUAUAAGACAAUAUGUAGACGCAAUAUAAGUACGAAGGUCAUUAACUUACUUUAUUUCAUGCUUACUAUUAUCCUUUAUGAAUAACGAUACUAGAGGAAGUACAGCAGGCAUGAUAGCUGCACCAGUGUGUUAUUGACAUGGUAACCCCACCAUUACCAAACUACAGAUGAUGUUUAAAAUUUAAAACAGCUUUUAACAUUGUGGUUUGGGGCUGGUUCAGGGGAGCGGGAGACUGUGGAGAGCAGGGCUGCUGGUUCACAGACAUUAUACCUUAAUACAGUGGUGUCCAAACUUUUUUCAAAGAGGGCCAGAUUUGAUGAACUGAAGGGCUGUGAGGGCCAACCAAAGCUGUUGACCAUUUUUUUAGGAUUUAAGUUGUUGAGCCACAGUGGCCAAAUUGAACCAACCGGUGAGCCAAAUUAGGCCCCCAAAAUGAACUUUGGACAUGCCUGCUUUAAUACAAAAAUCAUUGGUGGCUAUGAAUCUGAAUGAGGGGCAUUAGGUACAAGGAGAGUGAGUGCCUCCCACUUUCUCCUUCUACAAUAGCUUAAUGAUUGAAAAAUUCACCUCUAUGCCCAGGAGAUAUGUAAGUUUACAAUGUAAGGGCAGGAAGUGUGAAAGUGUCAUGUCAAAAACGACAGAGUGUUGCAGAGGCAGGAAGCGCCACCUCUCUUUUCACCAUGCCCAAAGUCAUUCAGAUGGAGGAAAGAUACCCAGAGAAAUUUCUCUUUACAGAGGCAUCAUAUGCUUAAAGGGGCUGCCUGGCCACACCUCUCAGCACACCCCUGAUAAUGCACAGCUCUGCCAGUGCGCAAGUGUUAGCAGCAUUCCAGGGCAUAGGAGUCCACUUGCGUAGGUUUCUGCAUCUCAUCUUAAUACGUGGAUAGCAGGGCCAGGGCCAAUGAGAUUAUGGAAUUAUCAGGGCAAGGCUAGAGGCAGAAUGCAAUCCUAUCGAUUACAUGAUCAAACAAGUAUCAUGUGAAGGGAUCUUAUGACCGUCACACAUGUGAUUUUGCUAUUGCAAAGCUAAGUGAAGUCUUACUGUGUAUAAAGUAUACCCUGCAAAGAUAAUAGGACUCUAAACUAUUUGCAGUUGCUACAAAAUCCUAGUAGUUUACAUGACCUUGUAGUCUGCUUGGGUAUGGGUGUGCCUUAACUGACACACACAACCACAGAAAGAGAGAGAGGGAGGGAGGGAGGAGAUAUAUGAUUAUGGCUGGCUCUCAUAAAUCAAAACUCUAAUUGGCAUAUGCCUUAUUUGAAUUCACGAGAAUUCAUAUUUUCCUCAAUGUCUCAUCAUUUACAUCUGCUUUGAAUUUUCCCUUGCAUAGUCCCUAUUCAUGCUCACUGAAGCAAGGACACAUAGAUCAGAUUCCACAGUGACACCCAGAACUUUGGAAUGUUCUUCCUAUGAGACUCACCAAAGCCCAAACCUGACUAUAGUGAGGGUUAGUCUUUGGUAAUUAAUGUUAAUUUCUUAACUUAGAAAUACCUUUUAGUGAAUUUUGAUUUGUGUUGUUUUUUAAUUGGCAUGUAUUUUGCAUAUUUUUACUGCUGUAAUCCAGUGUAAGUUUUAAAGAUAAAGGAAGACCAAUUAAAUAAAUGGGGGUAGAGAGAUAUUAACAGUCUUUAUUGGACAUGAGAUCCAUGCAUAUCAUAUUACCAUAAAUUUAAUCCAAACUAGGGCUGGAAACCUGCACACAACUUAGGCUGCCUAAAUGCAGGUCCAUAAUUUUCAAGGUGGGAAUAUUUCAGCAGGAAAGGAAAAAAUCAGGGCAAAUGUGAAAUACCAUAUUUUUCUGUGUAUAAGAUGAUGCUUUUUGCUGUAAAAAAAGAGGCAAAAAUCGGCUGUCAUCUUAUACACGGAUAGUUAAUGCAGAGGGGUGUGUGUGUGUGUGCGAUUAAUGGCAGCUGCCAGCAGGAGACUGGCAGCGGCGAUUGGGCAGGUGAUUGGUGGCUGUGGCAAGGCCUGCUGGCGAUUGGCUGUGGCUGCGGAAACUGAGCAGGUGAUUGGCGGCUGUGGUGAGGUGGGUAGGCGAUUGGCGGCUGAAGCAAGUGGGUGGAUGAGCUGCUGGUGGCAGUGAGCGGGCAGACAAUUGGCAGCUGCGGUGAGGUGUGCGAUUGGCAGUGACUGUGGCAAGCGAUUGGCAGUGGCAGGCAGGUGGGUGAGCGAUUGGCAGAAAUGACCUCCCCGCCCCGCCCCCAAAGCUAAACAACUUAAUUUCUUAAUUGUGGGCUAAAAGGGGGGGGGUUGUCUUAUACAUUUGGGCAUCUUAUACAUGGAAAAAUAUAUGGGCUGAAUUCAAUUAAUCUUACAUUGAAAUUAAUGGGCCCAAAUUAGCCAUGGCUAUUAAUUUCAAUGGGCGUAAUCUGAGUAAAAGUUAAUUGGAUACAAUGCUAUAUAUUUGAAUAUGUUGAAGAAUAAAUUAUACUACAGCAGUUGAGAACUCAUAUCUCAUAAUAACUACAACAGCCAUCACCACCACCCCUCUUUUAAACAAAAGGGAGAGAGAGCCAGUAAACAUGGAGAAGCAGUAAAUUGGGCAAAUACAUGAAGCAUUGGGGUUGUAAUCACACUAAAUCACUACUAAAAAGUAGCCUAGCAAGAUCCCAUAAGACUAUAAGGGCAGUCUGCUUCCUACAAUGGCUAAUCUAAUGCUUCUGAGAAGCUGUAAGCAUGGUGUGAAGGCAAUAGUCCUUCUCUCCUGCUGCUCCCCACCAGUAAUUGUUAUUCAUUGAUUCACUUCCUGUGAACUUGGAGGUUCCUCCCAUGGUGAACGUCAUUGGUGGGAAUGAGGUGUAAUUAGGGUUCCACCUGUUCAUAAAGAAUUUGUGCUACAGAGAAAUGAAAUGAUAAACAUCAGUGUCUUUAAAAAAGAAGAAGUUAUUUUGGUUUAAGUUAUUACUGGGUGCUAAAGUGGCCCUUUGUAAGCAACCUUGUUGGAGAGAAAGAGGCAAAACUCAAAUUAGAAGCAAAGGACAAAAGCCAGAUCAGCUGAUUCCUGCAUUUCAGCUUUUGCCACUAAGUGUAUGUGCUAUUAUAUCUGCGGGCAUGCGCAUGCCGAGAAAUGUUAAACGAAAGAACAAGAAACCGGUUUAUUAUUACACAUGAAAGGAUUUCUGGGAAACACAUAACUAAAAAUAAACUCAACUAUUUCUCUUUUUUUGAGUCCCCCAUUUUCCAAGUGGAAAAUUAUAGUGGAUGGAACAAAAAAAAGAGAGAGACUUUUGUGUUGCAAGUACAGCGAUUUCAGCAUCAUGCCCUGUAAAUGAAAGCUUUAGUUAAGUGAACUUUGGGUAAUUUCCUGUGGGGGUUUCAAAUUACAGCCAAGGUGAAAUAAAAACAAAAAUGACAAAACUCACUUUGUGUAGUAAUGAAAUGGCUAUUGAUGGAAAGCAGAGCAGGUUGCGCCAGAAAGGAAAACAACAAGUAUGGCCAUGAAGAGAAAGGAAUAUUUGAGAGCUUGCUAAAAGCUCACUCGAUGUUUUAUUUGUUCUUCCUGUGGUUCUUUAAAGUAUUGGUUAUAGUGGGCGGGGCGGAGGGGGGGAGAGGGAAUGCAGUCACAAGGUAUGACAAAUGUUUUUGUUCAUUCAGUCAGAGGGCUUGUAACUCAGGAUAAGCAGAUUAAUUACAUCUUGAAUACCGCCACUUAUGCAGGGUGGGGAAUCAGCCAAAUAAUGAUUUGUCUCUUCUGCUUUGACUCAUUUCACAAGAAUUGCAGCCAUAUUUUGAACAAAGUAAUUGCAGCAAAUAAUUUGCUUUUCUUUUAUAUUCAGCUAUGUGGGCAAAAUAUUUACAAGCAAAUAAAAAGAGUGAUUUUUUGUGUGUGUAAAUUUGACUGAAGUUGCCUGUGACAUAUGCAACAUACUUUGAAAACAGGCACCAACAUGUACAGUUGACAUGGUGCCUAAGUAAGAGGAGAUACAAGAUCCCUUCACCCCUGUUCCUCAUAUCAUGCUGUUCUCUUUCCCCUGAGGUCCUCGUCUUGAGCAUAAACAUCUGCCAAUGGGAGCUUAUGAACGUAGGUUUUUCCCAUGCAAACAUCCAGGCUCCAUGUGUGUACUUUAGUGAAUAGGACUCCUAUACAUGCAUAGCCCUACACACAAUGUAUGGAGGGGGACUAUGGUGAUUUGCCUGAUGGGAAUAAAGUAAUUUAUGAGCACAAUUCUGCCAAGACCACAAAAGGGGAAAGAUAAUUCAUGAAAUGCAAUGAUGCAAUAAAGCAUUAAUCACACAAUUUUGUGUGAUUCACAAAAUUGAGUGAUUAACAAAUCUGUUCUGUCCACUGAAGAGACUUACCCCAGUAUCACCAAACUUAAAAAGUUACCAGAAUGUACUGAAACAAGAAAGGUAGCUGAGGAAAGUGAGGUUUCUUUUAGACAGUUAUGGGACCUGAAAACUGACCAGGACAUUUGUUCCUUAAAAAAAUUAUUAUUUUUUUGUCCCUUAGCUGUGCUAUCAGAAAGCUCGGAGAAGAGAAACCAAUCUUACAGAAAACAAUUUCUGAUAAUACACAAUGAGAAAGGCAAUACAUUUUAAAAAUACAUUCCUAUAAGAUGACCCUAUGUCUAGCUCAAGAAUAAUGACAGCUAUUAGGCCUUGUCUAUAAGACCAAACCAUCCUGCUAUCUUGAAAAAGAGAAAUGUGUUCUUAAAUUGCAAAGUUUUGAGAAAAAGCUAUUACAGUAGACAAGUGUUGAAUUUAGUAGUUGGGACUCCAAUUUUUCAAGGAACAAGCAGAGUGAUGGUAACUCCUGUCCUUCAUACUGCCAUUAAUCGCAUCAGCUGACUGGGAGUGACAACACACUGCUCUUUUCCCACUCACACCUAAACUUGUUAUUGUGAGAGUACUGUAAUUGGGCAGUUUAGACCUGCAUAACGUUUCCUUCUUAGCCCCAAAUAUGGGAGUCAGUCAGAUCCUGAGUGUAAGCCACAUGUAUUCAUUGACUCUUUUCACAGAAGAUUGGGAUACCCCCCAAUAUCUUGGUCUAUAGCGUACCAGUGAAUUCAUGAGAACACCAAGUUUAUAAAAGGGGAAACCUAGUAUUUGACCACAACUGAGACAACCAGAAUGAGAACUGCAAGAUAUCCUUUGUGUAUUUAUUAAUUUCGAUCUUCAAUUCAGUGAAUUUUGUGACUUUUUUUAUAUAAAAAAGAUGCAAUAUAAAGAUGAAUAUAAACUCUGAACUUUUUUACAGGUUCAUCAUAUCAAGAAAUAAGUAUCAUACCUGUGGAGGGAAAAUGAUGUUCCCAGAAGAAAUUAUGUUCAUUUUGCUGUUGGCUAACUUGCAGUCAACCAGAAAUGCUGGUGUCAAUGCGCUAAGUAUCACAGCCACUACAAGCAGCUUAAAUAACACAACCAUGAGUUCUACUAUAUUUAUAAAUAAAUCAUCCAAUAAAUCUGUAACUUCUGGAAGAACUCCUUCUGUAACUCUUACAUCACCAACAGACACUGAUGACAACACAACAAAAAAUAUGGUGAUGGAAAGCAGUACCCAAAGCAGCAGUGUGACACUCCUUAAUACUUGGUUAUCUUCAAUGGCACAUCAGCUGAAUCUUACAACAAAAGAUUCAAAUCAGACUUCUGCAAUAAUCAAUGGAACAUCAGGUCCUUCAGAGAUGCCUACAGUCAGCAGUGGCCUGUUCACAAUCUCUGAAAACUAUUCAGUCACAACUUAUAUCAAUUCAACAGAGAAAGCAAUGAACAACUCUACCACAGCCAACUAUAAUGUCAGUUCUACCACCAUAGUCUCUUCUAAUGGAACUCAAAUUGAUGGCAUAACAGUUCAUCCUACCAGUAGUAUGUCAAAUACAUCAACCAUGUCACCAGGUACUAAGAUCAACAGUGUUACAACAGCUUUACGGAUAAGUUUGCAAACCACGAGUCUGUACUCCAGUUUUACUGAUGGGUUGGCAGAAGCAAGAGAACCUCAAAAAGGUACCUUAAUUUUCAAGAAUAUUUCACCACUCAAUAAUAGUAUCUACAUUACCAUAGUCCACCCAGAGUAGAUAGAUAUUAUUAGACCCACUGUUGCAGCUGGCUCAGUUUUAAAAGGAGUUACAGAAGUUGAACUAUUUAUUUUGCAGAAGAAAAACCUGACAGGAUUCUAGUUUACAUUUACAUGGCCAUAGACAGACUUUUCUUAUUCUUUCCCUCCAUUGCAUUCUAAUAAUGGUAAAAUUGAAAUAAAAGGACAUCUUUUUCAAUGUAGCAUUAUGUCUGAGUGAACUAAUUCUGAAGAACAUCAGUGCACCAAGGAAGGAUAGUCAACUAAGUUCUCCUCAGAGCAGACUCAUUGAAAUUAAUAGAGCUAACAGUCAUCUUCAUUAAUUUCAUAGGUCUAGUCUUUAUAAGAUUUAGUUGAAUACCACCCAUAGGUUCUAUUUUAUUUUUGCACGUGGUCCUUGUUUAUAGGGAAGAAAAGCUUAUUUAGUGCAGAUUGUACAGCCUGUUCUGAAGAAAGAACAUUGCUUUCAUAAUUUCCCAACUUGUCUUCAGAGUUCUGACAAUGUCUAUCCCCCGCAAUCCAAAUGCUGCUAUAAAGAAUAUGUCAACAGAAAAUACCAAUACAGGGUAUAAAAUGUGCUACAAAGUUUGUAACCAAACUAUGCAGCCUACACUUCUUUUUUCCAUUUAGAUUUUAUUUAAGUUGGAAAGAAAAUAUACAACUGUUAAAAAUCAAAUUUCCAAUAUCUUUUUAUCAAAGAUAAAAGAAAGCAAUCUAAAUAAAAACACAAACCAGACGGUGAAAAAAGGAAAGCGUAAAAUAAGAAAAAAGAGAACUUCUGGUUCUUUAUCUAAAUUAUCCAAAACAUCUGCUCCAAGAUAGCACCCAACAAUUUUGCUUUCUAUAAACCAAUAUUUUCUUCAAUCCUCAAACCCAGAUAUAAUAAAUUCAUUUUCUUUUUCACACAAAAAGUCUAUAAUGGGUGCAGCCUAUACUUCUGAUUCCGACGGACAGGAAAUAAUUUCAGUAUAAAAAGUGGAAUAGACAGACAGAUGUGUGAAUAUCAUAUUACUUACUAAACAGAUUAAGUCUUGUUUGCAUUUAAUUUUACUCCUUAAUCUGUCCUGCACUGUGUCUCAUACUGCAAUUCUAUUGUUCAUGUUGUAUUGUGACAAUUCUAUCUACACAACUUUAGUUGUGGGGAAGAACAAAAAUACCAUAAAUAAAUAAAUAAAUGACAUAUGAUAAACUGUUUUCAUAAUAGUUUCUUUAAAAUGACUUAGAGUUAUAUGUAGAAGUGAAUGUUUUGGAUCAUAAACUCUGAUUGGAUGUUCAGAUCUUAUCAGGGAUCUAGACAUUUUGCCUUCGCUCAGUUGCCAGUCAUUAUUUGGGAUGACUAUAUGGUCUCUCUCUGCUCCCAAACCCCUAACAUUCAGGGAUUAUUUUCCAGAGCUGCUUGUGAAAGUUAUAUGUUUGCUUAAAAAUCCAUUUUGUUUUUGUUUUUCAGAAAACCGUAGUAAUGGAGCUGUAGUGUUUGGUGCAAUAGUAGGAGCAAUUCUAGGGUGUGCAUUAAUCUCUCUGGUGGGGUAUUUCAUGUGUGGGAAGAGAAAAACGGACUCAUUUGCACAUCAGCGACUUUAUGAUGACAUGAGGAAUGAUCCAGGUAAUGAAACAGCAAAACGAACUGAGACAUUAUAGUCACACAGAUUUCAUUUUAUUGUAAUCGUUUUGAGAUAGCUUUGAGAUUUUGAUAGCACAGAGAUCAUCCUGAGAACAUACCAAUUGUCUGGACUUCAAAGGAGGUACUUAAAUACUGAAUCUUCUGCUAAAAAUGGCACCCAAACUAUAGACUGCAGAAAGUAAAGGCUCAGAUGAUUCUGCACGUACGCUUUUACUCAUGCUUCAAUGGAAGCAGGUAAUAAAAGCAAAACACAAUCCAUACUACUGGAAAACAUAUCAACACCAACACUUUAUACACAUUGCAGUUCAAUGCCCUGCUAUCCACAUUUGUGUAGGAAAAUGAGAUUUAUUUGUUUGUGUUGCUUGAAGGGAAGCCAGGCUGUUCUCAUAUAUGAUAUUAUGCUUACAUGAUUGCAUUUAUUGUAGUCAAACUGCAAGGACAUCUGCAGAAGCAGAAAAUGUAAUUUACAAAUUCAGUUGGUUUCCCUUACCAAAUGCAGAUUUCAUGCUCAAAAUACACUCAUUUUAAUUUUCCUUAAAAAUAAAAUACUACCAGAAAAAAAUGCUCUGUCAUGAUGUUUCAGAACUAAACUUGAAACACUGCUCAUUAGGUUUGUUAUACCCCUUCUAUUAUCUAUAUAACAGUGGCACUAAAAGGUCCACAUUUUUCCUCUGAAAUCCAGACACAUUAUGCCACUUAUUGUACUGUUGGUGAUAUUAUGCCCUCUCCAAUUAUGAGCAGCAAUAAAACAGUCAGAAUGAAGUCUUUAAUGGGCAUCAAUCUACAUUAUUCCUGAAGCAGAUAGCUCUUCUCUGUAACAAUAGGCUAUGGAAUGAUAUGUUCAGAGAAAAGAAUUGCCCAUAAAAUGCUGUUGCAAGCUGCUCCUCAAACACAAACCUGGACACAUCAAAGCAAAGAAAGCAGUAUAAAUUCUUGUAAGGAGAUGUCUCUGAAGACUUUAGUUUACACCCAAAUCCAAAUUAAUGUGCUCUUGCUUUAGGUAGUUUCCUGUGCAAUAAACAACCAUUAGAAACAAACUAUCUAUUUAAAUGUCAAAUAUUUUAUCACAUGACACAAAAAAUGUAUUUGCAUUUCCUGCAUUGUUUCGACAACUGAAUGCUAAACCCAUAUUAACUGUAUUAAAACAUUCAGUUUUAACAUGGAUUUAUUCUGCUUUCUAACUUGCAUUAAACAGCACAGGAGAAGCUCAAUGGCCCCUUUGAGGCUAGGUGAAGAAACAAUGAUUUGUUCUUUCUCUUAGCUAUCUUGACAUGUUUAUUUGAGGCACUGAACCUCAAUCAAUUGAUUAGAAGUGGAUUCCAGUUCUAAAGUAGUCUAAUCUUGCUUCUUUCUUGCCUUUUAGUCAGGGGGGAAGGAAAGCAUUUGUGAUGGUUGCCCCAGUGAUUUAGCACCUAGAAAAGAUCAGGCAUUUUUCUCUCCUCCAUUCCUCUGGAUUUCCACUCUAUGAGAAGUGGAAAUCUGCAUCUACCUGUAAUGCUAAAUCAUGUAGCAUCACAAGCAAGAGGCUUGGGCUCACAUGUUUCCCUUCCCCUUCUGGUGAAGUUAUGAUGAAAGGUCAGGACCUACUACUUCUGGUUUUAUAUUAAUCACGGUUUAGCAUUUUAAACCUAAACUGUGGUUGCUCUUAAACUAUGGUUUAUUGGCUUAUUUCAGCUGCAGGGCUGGCAGGAGGCAGACUGAGGCAGCCACCUCAGGUGGCAGAAUCCUGCUGGGCAGCACCACUGUGGGUGCCCCACCCACCCCUGCUGCCACCACUCACUGGAAGCCACCACUGUGUGACCCAGGUAAACAAAGGCUUCAGCAGUGAGGCAGCAGAGGGGGGAGGGAAGCAUCUUCCCAUUUCCCCCCAGGUGGCGAAACUGGACAGGCUGCCUCUGUUCAGUUGUAGUUAUGAUUAACUAGAAUGUGUCAGGUCUGGAUGACAUGAAGGAGAGGAAGUGCAUGAGCCAGAGAUGGUCAUAUUUUCUCACCACACUAAGCUAUGGGUCAGUGUUACAUCUGAGCCAGCUCUACAGGCAAGGUAAGGACCAAGGAAAAAACAUGCUGCAGAAACAUCUGCUCAUAGAUUAGUUCUACAAAGCUAGAAGGGUUCAUUUGCAUCCGUUUUCUUGGCCUGAGCAAGGAAGUCCUGUAGAGCAGCCCCUAUAAUGGUUAGAGGAGAAGGAGACUUGUAGUUGCCAAAAUAUAGUGCUUCAGCAACAUCUGUAUUGAGGAAGAUGAGCAUGACAGAAAAUAUAUGGGAAAGGAGUUGCCAAGCUUGUGUUGUAUUUUUUGAAAUUGGAUGGUUGUCCCUUGCACCAUAAUAACUGACUGAAAACUUCAUGCCCUGGCCAGUGUGGUGAGGUGGUUAGAUAGCUGGAUAUGUAUAAGCGGUAAAUACACUUAUGAGUCCAUGCUCAGUUAUGGCAUUCACAGGUCAACCUUUGGAGAGUAUCUAUCUGUCUAUUGCCCAUCCUAUCUCACUGGAUUGUUGUGAGACUAAAAAUGCCACUCUGAGCUCAUGGGAAAUGGGUGGGAUAAAAAUAAUAGCUGCAUUUUGUAGCAAAACUCCAGUCUGUCAAAGUGAUUAGAGGGCCUCCCAUUGACUACUAUAUGAUUUUGAUCAAGGCCUUAUUUUCAUACUUCUGACAUUAUAUUUUAAACUAUUUUUAAAAAUGGAAAUGCUUUUGCAAGCCACACUUAUAUCCCAAACCGUUAUGUUAGUCACCUAAGAAAAAGACAGAUUUACUGCUGCUGAGUCGCUCUAGAGUCUUGAAGCAAUUCCAAUUCUGUUCCUCAGUAUUAAUUAUUCACACAUGACAUUUCCAGCCAUGGGUGUAUCCACACAUGAGCAAGUGUGUAUGGAGCUUGAUGUUUAAUCACAUUUUAUUCCAUACACAUCCCAACACCUACAACUGGCAAGAGUAGAAAUACUUCCUUAGUCAGAUGCAUCCUGAGAUAAAAUAAAUCAUUCAAGGACCUUUUUAACAUUCUAUUCAAAGGAAGCAUUGUUCAGAACCCUAUAAAUAUCUGUCUACAUUUAUUUUGCAGUUCUACGACUAGACAACGUGCCUGAGCCUUAUGGUGCAAGCUUUGGAAAUCUGUCAUACUACAGCCCUACAACAGUCAACGAGACAGCAGCCCAGAGCAGCAAAGAAUCUCCCUAUGAUGCAAUUCAGAUGAAUGACAUGUCCGCAUCACAACCGCCAGCACAGUAGUGUGAAUAACUUGUGUCAAAACAAAACACCUCACAUCCAUGGUUUCUUCUUCUUCUUGAGUUUAAGGAUCGGGUCAUAAUGGUUUGAAAGAUAUUUUUUUUGUUGCACCAGCCCUCUGCCUGUUGAUAUGUACAGUUUCCAAUAAUCUAAGCGAGGCAAUGCUUGUUGGCCAUGUUUACAAAUUUAUAUGCCCAGAAUUUCACUUUUGUGUGCAUUGUGUUUUGGAUGGUUCACAUAUCAAUGCCCUUUACUGAGUGGUCAAUUCCAGUGCUAACACACAGGUCCAAACUGAUUCUAUGGCAAAGAAUUGUGCUUUAUACAAAGCAAUAAGAACAUUCUACCUACAUUUUUGGAUCUGUAGUAUGUCAGUGACAUAAAUACGGUACCAAUGGUAUCCUCUCAUCAGUCAAUGUCCUUGCAUGUGUGAACCAAUUCUCAGUUUUUCUUCAUCUGUUUCAUCUGUAUUAUUUAACUUAAGUCUUAACUAUCUAACUCAAUUUGUUACCACCAGAUACGAUAGGCAUGAGCUCUGAAAAAACUUGGACGACUUUGAAAGAUCACAAAGGAUAGCUCUUUAUGUAGUAGUUCACUGUGAUAGCAGAAUGCAUUUCCUAUGCUCACAGUCAGUAUGUUUAGACUGCCAGAUGCUGGACAUAAACAAGAGAGGAUGCCUGGCUUGUCAACUUCCAUGACCAUCUGCUUGGCUGCUGCUAGAAUGUUGGACUGGAUGGACUUUAGACUAUUUUAGCAAAUCAAUUAUGGCAUGGAUGUUGUUUUUACUCUAGGGGAAAUGCCAUGAAUGGGGGAAAAGGGGGGGGGAGCCAAUUAUGUUCUACAAAUGCAAAAAGCACUUAAAUCAAGGGACUGGCACAGAGGUAGGGGUAGGUUUUUUUGUUUUUUGCCCAGGGGCCACAUUACCUUAUGGGCAACAUUCUGGGGUCUACAUGGCAAGGGUGGGUGCAGAAGCAGAGCUGGUGCUCCCCAUCUUGCCAAAAAGCAAUAUUCUGGCCUCAGUUCAGAUUAGCACAUAUAUUAUAGGAAUGCAUUCAGUUGCACAUGGAAAGAAAUGCAUUGUGCAAUAUGAAUGAGCAUUAGAAUGCACAAUUUGGCAUGGAUUCAGCUGGAGGUCGGAAUGUACAUUCUUCCCAACUAUAGUGCAUUCGUUUCAUUGGGAUGCUCACAUCCCCGUCCUCAUUUUACCACAUCUUGUCAACAAAGUAUGACUGGCCUGGCCAAUGAACAAUCAGCCCAGAUGUCCGGGCAAAGAGGCUGUCUUUUCUCUUACUGCAACACCAAUCUGAAUGCCACAGUCUCAACAAAAAUGGCAUUUUUCAGCUUUCAAUUUAUUGCAAGAUCCAAUCGGCAUCAGAAGUGGUUUCAGCUGAAAUGCAAAUAGAAGGCUUAGAGUAGUUAUUGUCUGGACCCAAGUGGAGAAUCAAAGGGCGCUCCCCAUUCCCCCCAGUUUUGAGGCUGUUUGGUUUCCCCUUGGCUGCUAUUUACACAACAAUUUUUUGUCUAAAUUACCUUCACCAUUGCGUACAGUUAGUUUGGCCCCAAGUCUUACAUGCAAGGAGAGCAAAUUGUCAUUUAUCACAGAUGCGUGUGGAAGAAGGGAGUAAUAAACUAGGAUAAUGGAAAAUAAAACAAAAAUCAAAGCAAUGUAUUUUUCAUUACAUAUUGUAUUCCACACAGGCUAGACUGCCAAGAGAAGUGAGAUUGCUUUAACUCUAGUGCUUGGGAUCACAAGGCGCCAAGGAAACUAUGUGACAAAAGAGAUGCUUCUUGAUAACAAUGCAAGAUAGGGAACACCAAAUUCAUCCCGAAACAUGGGUCCUAAAAUUUGCCAAGUAUCUUUUAUCUGAGAAGAGCAACACACUUCCCUGCUACAUGCAGGAAAUGCUUGCUGUAUGAAAGAGCACUGAGAGCCAGGGUGGAGUGUCAUCAGAUCUCAGUUUAUUCUGGGAACUUGCUGGAUAAACUGCGGGAAAACAGAGUCUAAGCCCAGCAUCCGGGGCCGGCAUGAAUGAGCACUUGCCAAGGCCCCCAAAGACUUAGGAGAGCCUGUCGCCAACACUGUCACUCCAUUGGGACUACCAGGAAGUGUCAGUGCCUCUGCCACCACUGAGCCAUAGCAUGGAACCUUUUGCUGUCUCACUUCAUUCUCUCCAGAUACGGUGCUUUUGGUUGGUGGUAGCAGCAACAGUAGUUUUGAAUGGGAGCUGCAUGGGUGCUUGGCUCCAAUCCUUGGUGUGGUGCCCACUGGGUAUUUUGAUCAUCCAAAAUGCAAUAUACUGAUGUCUAGUAGGGCAUUGCAUUUUGGGAGACUAAAUGUCGCCACGCUGCACAUUGGAGCAGAGCACCAGCUUGGUUCCCUUUCAAAAGUGGCAGUAGCAUGCAGCAGCAGCAGUGGCAUCAUAUAGUGGUUGUGGCUGAGGCUACAAUAGCAGAUAGCAGUAUUGGCAGAAGCCCAGGUCAGGCUCCACUGGCAACACUCAUGCUGAAGGCCCACUGGAAUCUGGCUCUAGCCCUGUCAGUCUCUACCUUACAGGGCUGUUGCGAAGAGAAAAUAGAUAGCUUCUUGAAUGCUACCCAGAGCCCCUUGAUGGAAGAAAAGGAUAUAAAUGUGAAAAAUAAUAUUUCCAUUGGCUUCUGAAUUUGCCACCGUUAUUAUUAAAUAUUAUUAGACCAAGGCACAAGAUGUCUUCAGCUUUGGGGUUGACCACCCACACCAAGCACGCUGAGAUAGUAUUCUAUGCUUUUUAAAAGUUAGGUGUCCUGCAGCACUGACUCACACUGACAUAUGAGCUGAAACAGAAGGGGAGAAUUUGUAGCCUGUUACUCUCUCAACUUCUAGUAAUAAGAGAUUAGAGACAGACCUUGAUAAUGCAAACAGAGCUUUCAAGACAGAAUGCUGAACAAAUUGUCCUGUGUAAAGCCUGCUUUCCAGUUCAGUCUUGAUGAGCAUAAAUAGAUAGCAGGUGCCUUUCCCCCAGAGAACUCUUCUUACUUCCCAAAAAUUGAGACUUAGAAGUCUGCCGUGUUGACAGCAAAGGCAGCAUUGAUCCCACAGUUCUUCCUUCCUACAUACGGACUGAAAUUUCAUGUUAUGUGCAGACUAUGGGAAUCGGAUGUCUCUGAUGGUUACCCAACAGGGUACCCUAAGGAUAUACUUAUAUGAAUUUUAGAAAUAGCAUGCCCUGCACACUGUAUGUAAAUAAUGCAAAGGGGACUUUAAAUAAAUCAACAGUAGCAGCAACCAUUCUGCCAUGAGUCAGAGACUAAAUGUAGAAAGUGUAAGUACUGCAUUACAAAUCCAGUGGGGUUGUCUUUGUAUCCCACCUGGUUUUGGACUUCUGUGGAUUUAUGUUGGUCUACUGAGUUGAGCUAUAUCCAGCUUUGCCUAUAGAAUCAUUAUUGUGGCUUAUUUUUUAUGACAUUUUGAUGCUUUUGGAGAGUCACCCUUUCCCCUUCACCAACCCAGCAGCUGGGAUUGUGAUAAAUGCAUAUAAAUACAUAUUUGUAAACUAUGUCAAUAAAGCUAUUUUUUAACCUUU